AUGGACGAGAAUGGAUCUCUCUAUGUCACUGACAAUCAAAAACCUGAAGUCAGACGAUAUCGAAGAGGAGAAUCUCAAGAAACAGUGGUUGCAGGUGGCAAUGGAAGUGGAAAUCGUCUCGAUCAAUUCUUAUACCCACCCUAUGUAUUCGUCGAUCAAAAUCAUUCAGUGUACGUGUCUGAUUGUGGAAAUCAUCGUGUGAUGAAAUGGGUGGAAGGUGCAAAACAAGGCAUUGUCGUGGCUGGUGGUCAAGGACAAGGAAAUGGUCUUACACAAUUGGCUUGCCCUGAAGGAGUCGUUGUCGAUCAAUUGGGCACUGUCUAUGUGGCUGAUGAAGCGAAUGAUCGAAUCAUGCGUUGGCCCAAAGGAGCCACACAGGGAACUGUCAUUGUUGGUGGACAUGGUAAAGGAGAACAAUCGAACCAAUUCAAUCAGCCCAAAGAUUUGUCAUUCGAUCGACUCGGCAAUCUCUAUGUUGUCGAUUGGGGAAAUCAUCGAAUACAAAAAUUCGAUCUGGAAUGUAAUAAAUGAAGAAGGACUACGAAACGGACAAAAAACUAAUUUUUUUUCAUUUAAAGCGUUCAUGUAAUCAUGCAAUCACCAGCACACCGUCGGAAUCCUUGAAUUUGAUUAAAAAUUUCUAAUAAAACAGCUUGCUUUUUUUGUUUUUAUAAGCAUAAAAGUGUAUCAACCCGGGAGCCAGGCACGCCGCGGGUGUGGGUGUGGGUGUGGUGGGCGGGUGUGGGUGUGGGUGUGGUGGGCGGGUGUGGGUGUGGGGUGUGGGUGUGAGAUGUGGGUGCGUGGGUGUGGGUGUGGGUGAGGGUGUGACUAUGAGUGUAGAUGUCAAUCUUCAGUUCAAAAAGACUUACAGCCACACAUACCCACACCCAACACCCACCACACCCACACCCACACCCACACCAACACCCACACCCAACCACACCUACCCACAUCCACACCCACA